AUGUAUCGGUCAUAUCUACCCCUGCUUGCUGUCAUCUCGGCCGCUAUUGCAGCCCCCCAGAGCAGCGGCUUAGAGGGCCUAAGCCCCUGUGCUCAAAGUGCCGCUCUCCUCGCCAUUGGCUCCACCAAUUGCCAGGCCACCGACACCGCCUGCCUCUGCACAGGAACUGCCUUCCAAGAUGCCGUCAAGGCCGGCAUUGCUACCAGAUGUGGCGACGCUGACGUGACGGCCACCGAGGAAUGGGGCAAGACCUUCUGCGCCAACGCCGGCGUUCCCGUACCUAGCAGCUCUGCCACCGCUGCCGAGCCAGAUACCGCGUCCGAGCCAGGCACCGUCGAGGCGACUUCCGUCCCGACCGCUACUUCAACCAGCUGGAACGACUACGAGGGGGACACGGCUCCUGCAAACACGACCACCACCUGGGUGAACGGCACCUGCCACCGCUGCGACGAGGGUCAAGGUGAUGCCACUGCGCCCAGCAACAACACUGCCCCCAACGCUCCCGCACCCACCCCGCCCGUCGAGACCUGCACCGGUGGCUGCCAACAACCUGGCAGCGCCAGCGGCAAUAGCAGCGCUCCCAAAUACACCGGUGCUGCUAGCCAAUUGGUCCCCGCCGCCUUCUCCGGUGCUGCCGCCGUCGCGGCCUUGUUCGCUCUCCUAUAA